ACCCCGUUCCCGCCUGAGCUCCCCACCCCGCCCUGGCCGUCCCCACCAGGCCAAGGCCACCAGCUCCGGACCCCCCAGCUCAAAGAUCUCAAUCCCGUCACCCCCUCCUACAGAUGGCACCUCCAGGCCACUUCUGCUUCCUUUUCCUCCUCCUGGGCUCGGCCCCAUCCUCGAGGACCCAAGACUUGUCAGUGGAGACCCAGUUAGGUACAUCGAUUGUUCCGCCCUUAAUGGAGAAGGACCAUUCAACUCCAUCCGAAGAGACGCCUGCUUCCAGCUUGGGCACAGCUCUAAGCCCAACCACCUCAGAACUCCGGCUGAUUUCAGGGGAUCCUACCAAGGAUGGUGACGGGAAAGACACGGGUCAAACCCAGCCAGAGAAUAAGAUGGAAACUACUUCAGAGACGAGUAACUUGGACCCUACAACUGUGGGCAGCAGAACAAGAUCCCCCAAGCCUUCAGCCUCUUCUGGGCACGAGGAGGCAGGGAAUCCCUUUCAAAGUGAUGAAUAUACCCUCCGGAAGAGAGGUUUAUUGGCAGCUGCUGUUCUCUUCAUCACAGGCAUCGUGAUUCUCACCAGUGAUCGGUGCCGCCAGUUUCGCUGGUGCAGGAGACAACAAAGAAGUGCCUACAGGGUGACCCAAGCCUGAGGCCCCAGCUCUAAGGAAGAGACACCAAUGGAGCCAUAAUGGUGGAAGGACGCCAAGGCUCUGACCAACUCUGGAGCUCUGGGAAGGAAGCACCACUGCUCAGCCAGAAUGCCUUUCUCAAGAUGGCACCAGCUCCUCUGAUUUCUAGGUCUCCCUGGUUUCUGUUGCCACUCCCCCCAAGAUCCCAAGUUUCUCAGCACCUAGCACGGUGCCAAAUUCUCAAUAAAAUUUGCGGGACAAAUGAA